AUGAGCCAGGACGCAUUGGUGGAACGCACCGCAGUUCCGAUCGCGGAAGCGCUGUCGAAACUGCUGGGGUCGAAUGUCGAGAUCGUCAUCCACUCGCUGGCAACCGAAACGGUAGCUUAUAUCUGCAAUCCCUAUUCGAAACGGCAGAUAGGUGAUCCGUCCUAUCUCUCCGAACUGGAUUUUCGAGAAGAUGAUGACCGGGACGUCAUCGGCCCGCAUGAGCGCGUCAACUGGGAUGGCCGCGUUGUGCGCACCAUAAGUGCUGUCUUGAGGGGCGAUGACGGCAAGCCCUUUGCUUUGACAUGCUUUAAUUAUGACCUGUCCGAUAUCAUGGCGGCCCAAAAUGCGAUCACGGCCUUGAUCGGUGCGCCGGUAAGCACCGGAGAGCCGGACGCCCUGUUCAAGAACGAUUGGCAUGAGAAGAUGAACAGGUUCAUCGUCGAUUGGUGCCGCGACAAGAACAAGAACGUUGACGCCCUGGCGAAGGAAGAUCGCCUUGAAUUGCUGGGUGAGAUUGUUCGCACGGACGGCUUGCGCGAAAAGCAUGCAGCUUCUUAUGUUGCGCGUGUCCUCAAUGUCAGCCGCGCGACGAUUUACAACGAUAUCAAGGUGAUCCGUUAG